AUGGUGGGACAAGAGGAUCCAGUGCAGCGCGAGGUUCACCAGGACGGGGCGAGCUGGGAGUACAUUGAGGUCAUCACCAGCAGCAGCAAGAAAAUCGCAGACUUUCUCCACUCGUUUGAUAUCGCAGACUUUCUCCACUCAAGACUCGCAACACUAAACGAGAAACUGACAGCUCUUAAACAGAGAAUAGAGUACACUGAAUGAAGCGAGGGUGACAAGCGGUGAGACUCUCACCUAUAAUUGUGCCAUGCUGCUGCUAGGAAGUUGCUUUUGCAGAACAAAAAGGCCUCGUGGGAAAGGCCCCAGCAGUCUUCAGUUCCUUCCUCUCUCCUUAAAGAACAACAGGGCUUAUUCUUGUUUUUCUUUAUUUCAAAACUGUGACCUUUGUGCUCUGCCAUGUACAC